UUUAUUUUUAUUUUUAUAUAAAGAGAAAAAAGAGAAAAAUACCACAUUAUCACCGCCUCCUUCCUUCACGUCGUCCACCGCCGGAUCCGCCGCAACACUGCAACAGCUUCUGCCAUACUGAGCCUCAUUGACGGUGAUCUUACGCCCCUCUAUGCUCUCUCCGUUCAUCCCCUCGAUCGCAUCUCUCAUCUCAUGGAUUGCUAGCUAAUCUUCGAAACUCACGAAUCCCAAACCUCUAGAUCUCCCACUCUCGCGAUAAUUCAUAAUCUUCGAUCCAGCCGGAGUAUCUCCCCCAGCUGAGAGAAAGUACCACCGAAGCUGCAGUAAAUUUUCAACUGCAGCAACUGAAGAUCAAGUUGCUUGAGAAAGGCAACCAUGGACCAAGGGGAUAAUGAAUCAGAGCUUAGAAGAAGUGGAUCUUUUGCACGGACUAGCAGUUCCUGUUCAAUGCGGAGGAAUUCUCGUACCUUAUCAUUUUCUUUUUCACCACAGCUGGAAAAUGACGAUGGAAGCGAAUCAGUAUCAGAAGCAGGAGAUAUUGGGGAUAGGGCACUUUGCAGCAAUAGGUACAGUGGGAGUGGUAGGCUAGUUUUAUCUGCUGAAAGUGCUGCAGAAAGUGGAAUGGUUGUGCCCAUUGCAGAGGAAGGUAUCUGCUCCCAUGAUCCAGUUUCUAAUAAUAAUGUUUCUCCUGUAUCACCAUCUAUUCUGGAUAUUGUAUCACCUGUAUCUAAUGAUGCAUUCAUAAAAUCUGGAGACAAAAUGAAUGAUUCUGAAAAGGAGGUGCCAUGGUGGUUGGAAUAUUUUUCAAGCCUUUUGUUUCUCGCUGUUUUUGGAAUAUUAGGGGUUUUACUAAGGUAUGGUCUUCAAAAAUUGUUUGGACCAGGAAAUGUUGGUGCCACAAGUGAUCAAAGCUAUAUGUAUCUUGACCUUCCUUCUAAUAUGGUUGGUUCAUUUUUAAUGGGUUGGUUUGGGGUGGGUUUCAAAGGAGAGAUUUCCAAAAUUUCAGAUCAGUUGGCCAUGGGAUUGACAACUGGUUUUCUGGGAAGCCUGACUACUUUUAGUGGUUGGAAUCAGAAGAUGCUUGAACUCAGCAUUGAAGGUCGAUGGGUUUUUGCAGUACUUGGCAUUAUUAUAGGCUUGUUUCUUGUAGCCUACUCCAUUAUUUUUGGAAUUGAGACUGCAAAGGGUGUUCGAUGGAUUGUUAGAAAAACAGCUACGAGUAAAAAUUCCAGCUCUGAAAGCUCUUGGAAGACGAACAGUUUCAAACGCCGUUUGGUAGUUUCAGUAGCAUUGCUACUUAUUCUUGGUGCUCUAUGGAGUACAUGUAUAGCACUGGAGGCACAUGAAUUCAAAAGAGGCAACAUUAAAGCCCAGCUGUGGCUGGCUUGUCUCGUUGGACCAUUUGGUGUCUGGAUCAGAUGGUUCUUAGCACGGUUAAAUGGGCGUGGUUUGGGGAAAUCUGGGUUGUUGAAAUGGGUACCCUUUGGAACCUUGAUUGCCAAUGUCUCUGCAGCCUGUGUCAUGGCAGCACUAGCAACCUUGAAGAAAGCGGUGAAAACCAAGGAUUGUGAUACGGUUGUGGCGGGAAUUCAGUUUGGGCUGCUGGGUUGUCUUAGUACUGUGUCUACCUUUGUUGCUGAAUUUCAUGCCAUGAGAGAGAGCAAAUACCCAUGGAGGGCAUAUGCAUAUGCCUCAGCUACAAUACUUAUAUCUUUCAUAUUUGGGACUCUAGUGUACUCUGUACCAGUGUGGACAAAGGGAUAUAAGUAGAUGAUAGAUGAUUAUUUGUAGAAAUUACACAAGAUAAUAGAGGUAGGUAGGUAGGUAAGUAGUAGAACGGCUAACUGAAGUGCAGUUUACUGAAUUUGUGGUGUUCCUUUAUUGAUUCCACGCCAUAUCCUACUCCUUGUAAUCUACAUUCAUGCUAAAUAUUA